AUGCAUGUGGUGAGUGGAUUGCAUAUGGCAUCUCCAACUUCCAUUGUUUACACUGGAAAUGGAAUAACUGCUGUGGUGGGAUUCAUUACAGAUGUGAAUGACGAUCAUUUAUUGGAUUUUGUUGUUGCUUAUUAUCAGAGAGAUUAUAACUUUGCGAGUCAGGUGAUUUAUCUCAAUAACGGUUGUGGAUAUGUUCGACAUUCGAAUCCUUUUGAGCCUUUAGUCUAUUGCAAACAACAUUUUCUGAAUCAAAUCAUGAUCAAGUGGGAGGCAGACCCACCGGUGAUCACACUCCACAUUCCAAAUGAUACUUUCUCUGGAGAUGAGAUUUACGUUGGACAACCUGGACCUCCUUCGAAACCUUCCUCGCCCACCUCAAUGAUGAAUGGUGACGAUGAAGAAGAGGAUCAGAGAAAUGGAAAUGGGUCAUCCACCACAUUGCCCUACUCUGGAACAGGCACAGGUGCUUCUCACUUUUACUAUGGCAGUUCAGGACAACCCAGUAGUGAUGUCGUGAGUUCGAGUGGACAAGUCACAGGCGGUCAACAUCAACCUGGAGUUAUUCCUGCCCCGCAUGGAAAGAAUGGUUAA